CUCUGAACAGCCCGCUGGCCUCUCCAUGUCUUCAAAAGGAGAGAGUUGAGUGGGAUAGAUGUUUCUUCCCAGCUUGAGCACUGAGCUAUCUCCAGGAUCACAGCAAUCCCACUCAUUCAAACCCACAAACAUCCCUCUCGGUUUCAGCAACGACAAGAAAAGCCACCCGGCCCUAAUCUCUUUGCCUAUCUCAUCAGCUCCCCAACCGGCCCGAGUUGGUGAGGGUCUUGGAGUCAGCCACAUUUCCUUUCCUGGGACCAGCACGCCCUCUCCCAUCUUAGCGCCCUCGGAUGGCGUUGGUUUGGCUGGUGCUUAUUACUGCUUAACGGUCAGUAGCGGAGACUCAUGGCGUGAUGGACACCGAUCGUUCGAGAUGGUAAACCUGGAUAACGCCUCCAAUGCAGGAGUAUCGAAGCCUGUGUAGAAGAGGCUGCGAAGAGGCUGCGGUAGUUGAAGUCUCAUAGCUCUCCUAGGUCAUUUUUCAACUUUAACGUUAACUUAUGAUAUAAUCACCGAAAGGAGCCACUUAUUUUUUGCCCCCGAAUCUUGCUGUCCCGUUAUUCUGAUCUUAGUUUUGCAACAUUGCAACGCAAACCACAGGGUGAUGCUUUUUACAAGGAGACAGGCCUGUUCCUGCUGGGGAUUGGAUUGUGACUCCAAAACGGCUUUAAUCAGCAUCAAAUCCUUGCGAGGAUCAAAUAAUUCAGCCCUUGCUUGACCCUUGCUCGCCCGAUUUUCUUCGACUGGGACAAGGGACCAGCAGCUCCGUGCACCAAGUUAACUAUCUGUUUUUGUUUUGGGUCUGUUUUAGUGCUAUCUCGAGCUCUCGCUGCGUGCCUGCGACUGGAAUACCUUGCCCGCUCCCUGCUUGCUCGUUGACCACCUCCAAGCUUGCAGCAAUAAAGUAAUAUCUCCGACUCCGUCAAUCUGCAGCUGCCCCCCUCCCAGAAAAAACAUCUCUCCGUCUCGCUGCUGGAUUCAACUGAGCUGCUCGAACCUCUCCCGUCUGGGUCUCUGGGCGGCCAACUCCAAGAACCACCCCCACCCUCCCGUCGCUCCACCAGACCUAACAUCUGGCACAUGCGGGGAAGGUAUACGAGGCCCCCGGGUAUUCUUUUUGCUCCACAGCUCGUUCUCUGGGGUUUGAUAUCGGUUCAAAAACAGGCUGAUUUCCCCAUUUGCGACGAGAUUCCUGCCCUUAUUAUUGUUGAACGCAGAAAGUCUCGACAUUCUGUCGCUUCAUUUUUCGGAACCCCCUCCCUCCACCGUCUCCUUUUCCCUGAUAUUCAACUCCGGUCAUAUUAGGUAUAUUCCAGUUGCUACUAGAGUCUUGCCGAUAUGGAAGCAGGACAGGCCGAUUCUGGCUCGGCGGAUGCGAAGGCGGAUGCUGCGCUGGAGAAAAUGGGUUACAAAGGGGAAUUGCCGCGACAUCUGGGCAUGAUGAGUGUAUUGGGAUUGUCCUUUGCUAUCAUGGCCGCUCCAUUCGGUCUAAGUACAACGCUAUAUAUCAACCUGGUAGAUGGACUCAGCGUCACUAUCCUCUGGGGCUGGGUGUUUGUCACGCUCAUCUCCAUUGCCAUUGCCGCAUCCCUUGCUGAAAUAUGCUCGGUUUAUCCUACAGCCGGUGGUGUAUACUACUGGAGCGCAAUGUUGUCCACAAAAGAAUGGGCCCCGUUGAUGUCAUUUAUCGACGGCUGGCUGACCCUUGUGGGCAAUUGGACCGUCACUCUCAGCAUCAAUUUCUCAGGAGGCCAGUUAAUUCUCAGCGCAAUUUCGCUGUGGAGAGAGGAUUUUGUCCCCAAUGAGUGGCAGACUAUCUUGAUGUUCUGGGCUGUGAUGCUGGUUUGCGCUUUGGUGAAUGUGUUUGGGGCAAGGUAUCUUGACCUCAUCAACAAAGUCUGCAUAUACUGGACGGCGGCAAGCGUUGUGAUCAUCAUGGUCACGUUGCUGUCGAUGGCGAAGCAAAAGAACCAUGCCAGCUUUGUGUUUGGGCACUUCGACGCUUCCACGAGCGGCUGGCCGAGCGGCUGGGCUUUCUUCGUCGGCUUACUCCAAGCCGCAUACACCCUAACCGGCUACGGCAUGGUAGCCGCAAUGUGCGAAGAGACCCAAAACCCGCACCGCGAGGUGCCCAAGGCCAUCGUGCUAUCCGUCGUAGCAGCCGGUAUCACCGGCCUCGCUUACAUCCUCCCAGUCCUCUUCGUCCUCCCACCCGUCGAGCUGCUGCGGGCCGUCGCUAACGGACAACCAAUCGGUCUCCUCUUCAAGACCGUAACGGGUUCCGCAGCCGGCGGCUUCGGCCUCCUCUUCCUCAUCCUGGGCAUCCAGCUCUUUGCCGGAAUCGGCGCCCUGACCGCCGCCAGCCGCUGCACGUACGCCUUUGCGCGCGACGGCGCGAUCCCGGGCUCCAGGCUGUGGCGUAGGGUCAGCAAGCGCUUCGACGUGCCACUGUGGGGUCUUAUAUUGUCGACGCUCGUCGACUGUCUGCUGGGGCUGAUAUUUUUCGGCUCCAGCGCGGCGUUCAACUCGUUCACGGGGGUCGCGACCAUCUGCCUUUCGGCGUCCUAUGGGGUGCCGAUUCUCGUCUCCGUCGUGCGCGGGCGGCAGAAGGUGCGCAACGCACCUUUCUCGCUGGGCAGGUUCGGGUACGCUAUCAAUAUGGUGGCGGUGUCGUGGAUUACGCUGGCGAUUGCGCUGUUCUGCAUGCCCAUCUCCCUACCCGUGACGGCGUCGACGAUGAAUUAUGCCAGCGUGGUGUUUGCGGGGUUUGCGACGAUUAGUGUUUUUUGGUACUUUGUGCGGGCGCGCAAGGAGUUUACGGGCCCGCCUAUCAUGUUGGAGGGUGAAGAUGUGAGGGAGAGUGCGGCUGUGAUUCCGGAGAAGAUUUCGCCGCAUGUUGAGGAAGGGCCUGGGUCUGAGGCGCGGGAUCAGGCAGAUAUGAAGACGGAAUAGUACGCUAGGUUCCAUCGAUGGGGGUUUGAUGACAUUGGGUUUGACUAUUGGCUAGACGGCCGAAUGCUUUCAGACGUGAGUUUUGAUCAAACAGGUUCUAUGUACGCAUAGAUCUUAUCCAAUUAUGUAUUUACCAUUAAUUAAUGAACAUCCCGCUGUACCUUUCAUUGAUCAAUCAUAUGAUGACGGCACCCCAUAGCUCGAGCCACUGUCCAUUCCAUCCCUGUAGGGCUUCACUGUAGCUUGGUUCUUGAAAUCUUCCAUCCCAUGUUAACGUCCCUGUGCGAAGCAUACUUAUGUAGAAUAAAAAGAGGGCGGUAUUUCAAGGAUUUGAUAUUUACACCCAGAGUCAGGCUAUUUAUACCUGAAAAAAAAACCACUGUUACUUUUUUGUAGGUUUAGUGUAUACACAGUCUUACAUACAAAAUUACUAGUGUUCCAG